AGUUGCCAUGACAACAAAGGGGGGGAUACACACAAACAAUAACAGAAAGGGUUUUAUUUAAUUUAGGUAGCAUGAACAUAACUUGGGUAGCAUAAACAGUGGCGUGUGGAGUCAGUAGUGUCAGUGGUGGAGGGACGCCAGCCAAUGGCAGAGAGUGUCGUCACAGUUCCCAGUGGCGCCUGUGAAGGAGGGGAUCUGUCCUCCUCAUGUUAGAAUUUACUGGAAUAUUAAUUAUUAAGUCAAAACACAACAUUGUUAUUCAGACAUGUCCAUGGAUAUUGGAAAGAGCCAGGACAACGACCACCCAGAACGGCACCCAGAAGAAGAGGAUAUGACCCGGAAACGUAAGCGAAUCAGCGACGAAUCACAGCUGCCGCCGCCUAAACGUCAGCGGCUCAUCGACAACACAUCGACGGUUUCUGACUUCACCUCAAAGGACGAUUUAAAAAAACAGCUCUUGGGCCAAAGAGAAAAAAUCGAUGCUCUGGAGAGAAAAAUCGAAAGGGACUCGCACCUCAGAAGAGAAGCUUUCCAGGCAACCACCCGGAGAGUUCUGGAGGAAAACUUUAGGAAACAGCUGGCCAAGAAUGAAGACUUGAACAGGGAACUCCAACGGUGGAAGGAUGAAAAAGAGGACCUGAAAGUUACUGAACAGAGCCACAGAAAGACAUUGAGACCGUGGGAGUCUACACAAAUAGGCCGCACACCUUGCCACCUCUCCUUGAGGAGGAUGGUUCUUCAGCAGAGGUUGAGCUCCAUUAGUACCUCUUCCUCCUCCGCUGUCCCCCAAAAUGACAGUAGUACCUCUUCCUCCUCCCCUGUCCCCCAAAAUGACAGUAGUACGUCUUCCUCCUCCCCUGUCCCCAAAAACACAGGGCAACACAGUGACACCUCCACCUUUCUUUCUGUGUGGAGGUUGAAUAUUCUCCUUCUGGCCGCUAUGGUUUACUCGUGGUGCUCAAGUUUCUUCCCACAGAAUCCACAAUAAAAAUUCAGCCUAAAGGGAAUUGCCUCAC